AUGAUUUCUCCAUCAACAGUUUACUCCAAGUAGGGUAUCUGUAACGACGUAUCCUUUCGAUAUAUUAAAUCGAUAUAUUUUGUAAUAUAAUAUAAUAUAAAAUCCAAUUUUUAUUACACAAUACUAACUUAUUAUUUGAGUAAGUUAAUUUUUUAAAUAUGAAAUAAAAUUUCAAGAUAUCAAAAUCAGUGAUGUUUUGAAAAUGAGAUUAUCAUCAAGCUAACAGGCAUUUUCGAAAUUUAAAAUAAUAAUGUUCAAGGUGAGGGAAAAAUCGAUCACUCUAUUUUUCCUUUUUUUUUCUUGUUACAAUGUGGCCUAAUUUUUGGAUAUGCCUAGAAAAGGCUCGUGCAAUGGAUAAAUGAUCCUUCACCAGAUGGCGCUACGUGCCCGGGUGUGGUGAAUAACCAUAGAGUGACGCGUAACGUGAGUCACAGUGGUGCACGAGUGUCUGUGCUGUACGUUAUCUGGCGUUUUCUUCUCAGUUCGAAGCUGCUGUUAAUCAGGUUGGUAGAAAUUCGUUUAUUUGUUUUAACGUUUCGAUAGAAAAGUUUCAUAAUGGUUGAUUUACGGAUACGGGGACAAUUUGAGAGAUACGAAAUAUUUGACAGCAAACCCAGUUUACCUAUGAGAACGGCCAUUGUUAUUGUGUCGUCGCUCCGAAUGAUAUGCAAACGAUGCAAAUUCCUUGUCAAUCUAUGUAAUUUCAGAAAACAAUUUUUCUAUCCUUUGUCGUUGAAAACAGCGAUAUUUUUUCAUAUUUUUUUAUAUAAUCUUACGAGAGUUGAGAUUGAUAAAAUAUAAGUGUUUCGACUGUAUUCGAUAAAUGUUUAUCGAAAUUUAGUCGGUUCGUACAAGCAGCUGAAUAAAAAUUCCGAAACUAAAUGUUGAGAUUUAUGUUUCAUUAAAAAGAAAAAACUUAAAAAUAUAAAAGCAACGUUUGGAAACGUAAGAUGUAAUAUUUUUACAAGUAACAAAUAAGUAAGUAUAUCUUAACAAAUAUAUUUUAUAAAUAAUUUUUUUUAUUAAAUUAUCGUAUAAAAGUCAAAUUGGACUGUAAAUCGGAUAAGUAUUUUUAUAUAGAUUUCUAUAGAUGUAAAGUGUAAUGUCCUCUUUAUUGAGCCGUUACGUAGACGAUCUUAUUUUUAUCUUGAUUUUCGUUACGUCGUGAUAUCCUAAAUUAAUUGUCUAAAAAUAAAUAGUAGACUGUCUUUUAAAUACGUCUAAUGGCUAUUAUUUUUUUUUCCGAACACUGUUCUAGUUCAACGCGAGAAAAUAGCAAUCAAAUUUACAUAACCUCUACUUCACUUGCGCGUGAAACGUCCCUAUGAAUUAAAAGUUUUAUAAAAAAAAAAAGAAAAAUAUAACAAAUAAUAAUAAAUACAUACUUACAAAAGAUACGAUUUUAGCAUUAUAAUUGAUUGUUUAUUCGUAAUUUCAGGAAUACAAACAUGUCUUCGCGCAAAACAGCCGGACGCCGUGCGACAACUAAAAAGCGUGCACAACGCGCAACAUCAAACGUCUUUGCGAUGUUUGAUCAAGCCCAGAUCGCUGAAUUUAAAGAAGCUUUCAACAUGAUCGACCAAAAUCACGAUGGUUUCAUCGAUAAGGAAGAUCUUCACGACAUGCUUGCCUCACUCGGUAAAAAUCCCACUGACGAAUAUUUGGAGGCAAUGAUGAACGAGGCUCCAGGACCCAUCAAUUUCACGAUGUUUUUAACUUUAUUCGGCGAAAGACUUCAAGGUACCGAUCCGGAAGAUGUGAUUAAAAACGCCUUUGGCUGCUUCGAUGAGGAAAAUACUGGACACAUAAACGAGGAACGUCUGCGAGAAUUACUUACAACGAUGGGAGACAGAUUUACGGAUGACGAUGUGGACGAAAUGUAUCGGGAAGCACCCAUCAAAGGAUCGAUGUUUGACUACAUAGAAUUCACGCGAAUUUUAAAGCACGGUGCUAAAGACAAGGACGAACAGUGAAAAAUUUAUGACCGCCCGUUUCUUCUGUUUGCGUGAUUGAGGCGUGCUACACGCUUCAAUAUGGUUGCAAUUGUAAAGUUUGAAAUAUCACUUGUAUUUUGUAUAUCCUCUAUUAAUGAGAAUAACCGAAAAUGUAGGAUUUAUAUUAUUUUUCUGAACAACUGCCUUACCUCUAGGUCCUAAGUGUACAAGCCAACAGAGCCACAUAGGCAUUCGGAAUAUUUAUUUCAAACUAAAAAUGUUUGCGUACAAACUACGGAUAGAGAGGAAAGUUGUAAUAUCACGUUGUAAUACAAAUUACAAUCGAUAAAAACAAAAAUCUCAAUAUGUAAUAUAUAUAUAUUGUGUAUUAUAUUAACACAUAGUUGUUAAAGAGUUGGCAUUUAUAUUUUAAUAUAAUAAUGAAUUAUACACCAAAUACAUUCUACUUGAUUGUCACAUCCAGCGAGAAUGAAAGUCAACGUUCGAUGUUUAAGAUAUUGUAACCGUGAUCCACUGCUGUUUAUUGCCACUAGUAAACGAGAUAGGAAGAAAUAAACAUUGACAGACUAUCUGGCCUUUGUUCGAACUGACGCGAUACGAAAAAUGCUUUGAAAGUUCAAUAAACCUUAUAUCUGUGCAACGAAUAAAUAAC